AUGGUAUCCCGUCCAUCAACAUCGAAACUGCCGCCCUCGGCGUCAGCGACCUCGGGGCGGGCAAAACCAUGGUACCGCUACGUCAACCUUGACCUGCUGGUCCGGAUCUUGGUCAAUUCGGUCUUCCACCCAUACAUCAUCUUCAUCUUCUACUUGACCCAGGCGGCUCUACACGUGCACCGAGAGCCGCUCGCAUAUUACACGCUCUGCUACGCGGCAUUCCUUGGCGUCGUGGAGGUCGGAGCGAAUAUCAACCACCGCCUCACGUACGGAAAGCAUCGGAAGGUCGAGUGGGAGAAGGAAGUCGUGGUCAUCACCGGCGGGGGUAGUGGUCUUGGUCGCGUCCUGGCUGAGAUGAUCGUCCGGAAAGGCGGUAAAGUUGCGAUCCUGGAUGUCAAGGCGCCUGACGAGGAGGCCGAGGAUGCCAUGGAGAGGUGGGAUCUGGUCUGGGAGAAGUGUGAUGUUUCCAAGGAGAGUGAUGUUAAGAAGGCUGUGGAUAAGAUUGUCGACGAUCUCGGUGCACCAUCUGUGCUCAUCAACAAUGCAGCAUCCGGGAUUACUGGUCUACCACUAGUCUCUCCAGCCACGAGUGCAAUGACACUGUCUCCUGGGCAGGCAGCAAGGACGCUAAACACCAACACCAUUUCACAUUUUAACACACUGUCUGUCCUUCUCCCGCACCUGACAAAAUCCCCGCAAGGAGGACACGUUGUCACCAUAUCCUCGAUCCUGUCGCAUCUAGCACCAGCUUCUCUUGCGGAUUAUACGAGCUCGAAAUCCGCCAUUUCAUCACUGCAUCAGACCCUGCAGCAUGAACUUCGCUGUCACCCAGAUCGGUCGACUUUCGCCAGGGUAAAGACGCUGCUCGUCGAAACCGGUCAGAUCAAAACGGAACUUUUUGCAGACAAGACGACCCUUCCACCCUAUGCGGAAUUCUUUGGGCCGGUUCUCGAAGCUAAAGAUAUUGCGAAAGAAAUCGUCAAGACCAUCGAGAGAGGGGAUGGUGGUGUUAUUCGCAUGCCUUUUUAUGCUAAAUGCAUGCCGUUUUAUUCGAUUUUGCCUGGAACAAUGCAGGCUUUGGUGAGAUCGUUCAGCGGCAUUGACAAGGCGAUCAGCUCGGGGAGAAAGGCUUCAUAA